UUUCACAAUAGCUGAUCUUCUGACUCACCAUAAACAAUUUUUGGUUUCAUCAUAUUAUUAUUAGUAUCUCAGUUACUAUUAUUCUGAUUAUUUUUCGAAAUACUGGGAACUGUUCAUGUUUUCCCCCGGUUUUAUUGAAGAACAAUUAUGUGGAGGAAACAGGUUGAAUAAGAUUUUGGAGAUGUGGGCUCGCACCACAAGCAGAGUCCCACCACAGGCCUUCCCACAGCCACCGUCGACCUCUGUUCACCACAUACUUCUAUUUCCCAUUUCCCUUUGUUCCAACAAAAAUCCAUUAGGAACUGCAAAGCUUUGUGGUCAGAAAACGAACAAGAAGAAGAAAAAGAAGGAACAAUGAUUAUGACGAUGAGGAGCAAAAGAUGAAGAAGACUAAGGGCCAGAGCUUGUUAUGCCUCUCUCAUGGCAUGUCAUUCUGCCUUCUUUGCUCCUUCUCCGCCCUCUUCUUCAUUCCUCGCCAAUCACAACAAUGACAGUCCUAGUCCCUUCAGGAUUCGUAAAUUGAGAUUCUUCCCACUCGCUUUGUCCUCCAUUAACGCCGACGCCUCCAGAUCUUCGUACAACGGCCUCGUCUCAGAGGCAGUCAGGCUUCUGGGUCCGUCAGCAAGAUUCGAUGCUUCAAAGCUCAAAGUGGUGCUGGUAGGAAGGGAGAAUGACUACUCGAGAAUCAUCCCUAGAACUUACAUUCUGUCUCACUGUGACUUCACUGCAAACUUAACAUUGACGAUUUCCAGUGUCAUCAACUUGGACCAGCUAAGUGGAUGGUAUAGCAAGGAUGAUGUGGUUGCUGAAUGGAAGAAAUUGGAAGGGCAGUUGUGCCUGCACAUUCACUGUUAUGUCAGCGGUCCAAAUCUCACAUUCGACCUUGCAGCCGAGCUUAGAUAUCACAUUUUCUCCAAAGAAAUGCCUCUGGUACUCCAAGCUUUGUUAUAUGGUGAUGCAGAGCUCUUUCAGGCGAAUCCGGAGCUAAAGAAUGCUUUAGUUUGGGUUUAUUUCCAUUCUAGCUCACCAAAGUACAAUAGAAUGGAAUGUUGGGGAUCCCUCAAGGAUGCUGCUCAGGGGAGACAGGGAGUUAAGUACAGAGGCCUUUUAGCCGAAAACAAAGGCAGUCCGAGGAAACGCCCACGUGCAAGGUCCAUUUUCCAGACAUUGUUUGCAUUCUUGCUCUGAGCAGCUGCUGCACAGCCUGCACCGAAACUCAAAUUGCAGAUAUAUCACUCUAGAGAAUUGAUACUGUUAUCCCCUUUGUAUCAGAGUGCGACAAGCCUUGCGGCGGAAUAACAAUCUGAUCAUUCUUUUGUAAACCAAGUUCAUUUACUGUGAAAGCUAGAGAUGCCAAAAACAAAGGAGAAACACUUCGAGUAAACUUGUUCAUUUUGUUAACAAAUCGAUAACGUCUCGCUGUUGCUUUCUGGUGAUUACAAGAUAUAAACCCAGACCGAACUCUGAUAGUCUUUUCUUGUACAUGCAUGUGUAUGUUCGGUGAACAACCGACGAUAAUCAGCUGCUCCUGGCAUAUGCUUUUGAUGUAGUCUAGGCUGAAUGAUGUUUUCUUUCCACUCAUUCAACAAACUAGGAAUGAGGUGGUUUCAGUUUCACUCAAUGAUCGAAUUACUCAGCAGUUUGAGAAGAGCUUAGUGCGACUUCGUCGUCUACAUAGGUGGUUGGGUUCUUUGCUUUUAUUUCACUCAUCAAUGAGUGGGAUCAAAUGCUGGGAGAAGCUUCCUUUGUCCAAUUACAAAUGCCUUCAGCAUGCACGCAGCCGCUGCUCAUGGCCCAACUGUAGCAAGAAAACUUGCUAUACAAAGGGCACAACAGGAAGGUUCCUUCCAUGGCGCCACGUACAAACCAUUUCAAUUUCGUUCUCUAGAAGAUUUCUCCUUUACCAACUGAAAUAACUAUAUAACCAAGCAUCUGAGAUACAGUCUACAAUCUGUAUAUACUAUUGAAUGCUUCCUCGUUCGAUCAUUUAACAAUCAGUGAGGGAGCAUAGAUUAGUGCAGAAAUCAUGGAUCGGCAGCAGACGACAGUUGUUAAACAUCCUAAUCUGCUGGCAACCACAGUGUUUGCAAGCAAUAUCAACAGCGACCGGAGGAAGACUAGUGUGGUAAUCAUUCCACCUCCACGAGGAUGCAUCAAACGCAAGAUCUUGUACGUCGUUUGUCGGAGCUUGAAAACCGCACAUCCAAAAUGCUGCUACUAGCCUACUACCAGUUAGCCUUUCUCGAUGACGGUAAACUGCAUGCGCAAAUCAGCAAUGUGUCAUCCACUCUUGAGCACUCGCAUAUAUACAAAUGUCCAUCGUAGAGGCUGAUCUAACAAUUGAAGUGAUAAUGUUUGGAUUGCAGGUAGCAUAUUCUGCAUUUGAAUCCUGAUGUCAUUUCGUGCAUGAGUUUGUUUGAGUAGCUUAAGAUAAGAAAUUAUCCAAGUGCAGUAAGUACAAUGCAUUCAUCACUACCAAAAGAAGAAUCAUCAUCCAUAUAGAUCUUGCUUCCUAAAUCACUCGACUAACGUACAUCACCGAUAACAAACAAAAUGCUCAUCACUUCUCCUCAUGCUUCGGAAAUGAACAAGAGCAGUGCAUAAAGCAAAUAGUAGCUC